UCUUCUUAAAACUGCUGUCCCCGCCGCGGACAGGUGAUUGACUAUCUGUGCUCCGGGGACGCGAUGAUCUUUAAGCUGCCAUUCCUUCUGCUGCUGGGUCAGCUGCUUUGUGAGGGCCAAGCCCAGAGCUCAGAUGACUGCGGUAUGCCCGUAUUCAGCAGUCGGAUCGUGGGUGGCACGGCGGCCGUCAACGGAGCUUGGCCGUGGCAGGUGAGCCUUCACCUGGAAGGAAGCCACAUCUGCGGUGGAUCCCUCAUCAGCAAUGACUGGGUAAUGUGUGCUGCCCACUGCUUUGAAGACACCCUCAACCUCUCCUUGUAUCAAGUGUACUUGGGCCUUUACUACAAUGUGGACCCGCCGAGCUCCAGCACGGUGAUUCGCAAAUUGGCCAACGUGUUUGUGAACCCAAAUUACACUUCAGCUGAACAAGGACAUGAUAUUUCUCUCUUACAGCUGGAUCAGCCGGUCAGCUACACGGAUUACAUCCUCCCGGUGUGCCUUCCAAGUGCCACCUCAGACUUCACGGGCCAGAACUGCUGGGUGACUGGAUGGGGUUACGUCCAAGAAAAUGUUCCUCUUGCAAGUCCAGAUGCUCUUCAGCAAGUUCAGGUUCCGAUAGUCAGUAACCAGCUUUGUGAUAUGAUGUACCACAUCGGCACAGCGAUCAGUCUCAGCAGCCAGAUCAUCCUAAGCGACAUGAUGUGUGCAGGUUACUCCCAGGGAGGAAAAGACUCGUGCCAGGGUGAUUCUGGAGGUCCCCUGGUCUGCAUCAGUACCAACGGGUCCUGGGUCCAGGCUGGCAUCGUAAGCUGGGGUGACGGUUGUGCAGAGGUACUCAAGCCGGGCGUCUACUCUCGGGUCUCGUCCUUCCUCGGCUUCAUCGAGGCCGUCAUCAAUGGGACGGUCAAAGCCACAGCAACCUUGCCUAAGUCGGGAGCAGCGAGAGGGCAAACGUGCUCCAUGCUGGUCGUGCCCAUGUUGGCCGGAUGGUUCAUUUCAGCUGGCUGGGCAGGGUAACCCAGGGACCCAUUUUCUCCUUCUUUAAAGAUGGGACUUGGAACUGUUUUUAUUGAGCCUUUAUGUCGUCUUUGGUGUGUAAAUACUUUCACUCUCAUCACAAGGAUCUACCUUCAUCAAUUUCUGAAAUCUGAAGAUUUUUUUUGUUUGUUUUAAAUGUGUUAAUUUAUUAAGGAAAAAAAGAUUUUUGUGGGCUGCUGGCAAAGCCACCCAAAGUAUGAACACUGGACUAAUCUGCAGAAACUUGAGCCUUUUCAUCAGAGCCGGAAUGAUGCAAUGACCCGUUUGUGUGACGUGGCAGACCUCAGUCUGUGAGGAGCAAAGGAGCCAAACCUGUAGAGGCUUCUGUCACCCUCUAUUAAAUGCCUUUAUAAACUGUACGUGGCAGUGCCCUCCGUGUCGACCAGGUCUACGGGCAACCCAAGCAGAUUGCAGCACAUUUGAUCUGGGGACCGAUGGCCGCCUUCAGGCUUUCAGAUCCAGUGUGCCGCUCUCUAGUUAUUCCAACUUCAGGUUGUCCAAAAUCAAUGCCAAUUGGUGAGCCUCACUCAAUGAGCUGGCGCCACACGUUCUGCACGCAAACAAAGGCACCCUUGGUGUGCACAAGUGAAUUUCUUCCCCUCCUUUGCCUUCUCAUUUUAAUAAGAUUAAACUGAUGACUUUCUAAGUAUUUUAGUCUGUUCUAUGCUAACAUGUAUUCACAUUGCACUGUAAAGAACGACCAGCAGAGGUCGCGAACACUCAGGGCUGUUAUUUUAUUUUUGUAACUUCACUUUUUUUGUGCUGCAGUUUCCCCAAUUUAAUAACGGGAACAUUUCUGGUGCCAAAAAUGAAUUAAAUUUUGUAAAUUAAACAUA